CUCCGCCAAUGGCUGAGUCGUUCGUAAGGAAGUUAGAAUCCAAUCCUGUCAAUUGUCUCGCCCUGAACCGAGGACAAUUUAGUUAUUUUUUCGUAAACAAAUAUGUAUUUUUUUGCCAACAAACAUUGCCAAAUACCGGUAUAAGGUCAUCUAGAUAUAUUAAACAGACGUCUUGAACUGGCUUAUAAGGGGGUCGGUUCUGAAAUGUAAUAUCCUGCAUUUCUCCUGUCGGACAAGAGCCGCUUUCCACCGUAUGCGCAGCGGUUAGCGAACUAAUGAAAUCUUUACGGGAUGGAACAGCAAACUGGACUUUUAUCUAUGAAUUUGUAGGGAACGCUUGAUAAAGCCAAAUAUUCACAGCGGGCGCAGAGCUCCGGCCGAGGUAGGCCCAUGUGAUGAUGUUGUCAUCUGUUCCGGCUGUUCCAAGAGGUGGUCAGCAGAUACCCGGCACCAUAUCGGUGGGUCUGGUGGAUCCAUGCCCCCCUCUUUCCCAGUUGUACCAUGAACAACUGGCCACAGGGUGCAGAGAGACUAGCAAGGACCAGAAGACUGCUGUGGCUUGUGUAGGACCUCUGAUGACCAUGUCUCUCAGACCAGCAGAGAGCAAAGCUAGAGAUGGUAAUCUUGGGAUGAGCUCUGGUGGGAGAGAGCAACAGAUCCCGGUGGAGCACAGGCAGAACGCUUUGGGCUCAGUCUCCAGUCUAAGAGGUCAUGUCUAUGGGACUGCUGGCUCUGCCGACUUCAGAAGAGCAGAGAGACCAGUGUCAGACCAGGUUUGGAAUGUUCAAGGCUUUCAAAGACCUGGCAACAAUGGCAAUGUCUUGGUUAAUCCAAAACUAGAGCCUACCUCCAGAGCCUCAGCCAGGGCCUCGCCUCCGCUUCAAGGCUGCCCCCCUGGCCCUGCUCCCCCGGCCGGCCCCACAGGUGAGCAGCUGGGCAUCCUGGAGCGCUGCCUGGCACCCCACCAGGCAGAGAUGAAGCGGCUGCUGACGGGUGCCCUGGGCACCCUGUGCCAGCGGCUACAGGUGGUGGAGAGGAGGAUGGAGGAGCUCUACGAGCAGGGAACCAAACACGGCAACAGCCUGGCCCUGCUCAACACCCAGGUGGGCCAGCUGGCGAGAAGGAUGACCGCCACCACCAAACAGGACUUGUCACCUCUCCAUGGUCUGGGAACGGAACCAAGGGCGCUGAAAGAAGAAAAGUUGGACUUCACCAAGCUGUUACCACAUGGUCCAAAGCCUUCAUGCAAUAUGGGCUGCUCUGGAACAGACAAGGGGAGCCUCACUGGAUGUCAAUGGAGGAUGGCGACAACAUUUUCACCUAGCCACAGUCCGGCCCAGCGCUGUGAACACAAUGAGGGAUUUGGUGGGGAAAUGAAAAGGACAGAGUUGGGGCACUUCUUAUCCUCUGUCGGAAAAGAGGCAGGCACAGAGUGGUGCAUACAGGGAAACUACUCCCCCAUGUCGGACUCUGAGGAUCUGGACAUGGAGCUGGCUGGUGAGAAGGGGCAGGACGCUCCCACCUGGUUGGUCAAUUCUGCCCUGGUGGACACAGAGUCUAGUGACAGCCAGGAAGUGACCCUUCUAUCUCCUUCUUGGAAGGCACAAUCUGGGGACACUCAAGUGAACAGGAGAGGGAGUAUGGAGACACAUCCACGCCCUCCUCAUAUACACGUCCCCACUCAAUCACAAGGCCAAUCCAAAAGCACUGAGAUCCCAACGUGUCCAAUUCCAAGUAAGGGUGGGACUAUGGCUGCAUUUUCUGAGGUGGUCCAGUUGAGCCCUAUAGGAGCUUGCUCUCUGUUGGCACAUUCCGUUAAAGUCGUAGGCUCAUCUAGGUCCGAGCACACAGGUAGAAUAACUCCAACUUAUUUCCAGCGAAGCGUCACCAGCCCACCUCGCACUGACCACACGGCCUACACGCAAUCCUCCAAAGAGGCAGAGAAAGACCGGAAGCCUGAGAGGAAGAGGCGGAACAAGAGGAAAGCGAAGGCACACCCGGUUGGCGAGUUAGUCUCCACUGCCGCCGUGUCCAUCAAGGGUAGCUUCUCCGCCCAGGUACAGGACCAACCGCAGGCUGGUGUGGGCAGGGAGACAGCCGAUGAGAGGCAGUGGAGUCAACAACACGAGAGGUUUGUGGAGAGUAUAAGGGUGUCAUACGGCGGACAAGAAAAUCAGACCCUUAGAUUAACCGUACCUACUAAUCAGCAACAUGCCCAAUUUAAAUCUCCAGACCGACUAUCACCAUCAGGUUCAGUCUCUGUGCCGGAUUCCCGGUCUCCACCAUUGACUGGCUACAUGGACCCUCAGAAGGACAAACAAGCCCUCCUGCCCUUCCAUUCUAUCAGCCCCUCUCUGGACACCUCCGUGGCCUCCAAGUUCCCCUCUCCCCGAAAUGGCUCUUGUAAAUGUCUCAUCGUUGGUGUUCAAUCCACCCACCACGAGUGCCAGGCCCUCCUGCUCCAGCUGUCGGACACAGCCAACCACCUCAAAGCUGCCAGCCCCUCUCCGGAGCUCCCCUCACCCCCGGAUGGUGAUCAAAGCAGAAGGGGGAACCUCCCGCACUUCUUCAACUCCAAGCUCAAGCGCCACUGGGAUAAGGACCGGCCCUCCUGUAAGAAGCGGCAGCUAAAAGGCAUUAGCAGCACUGGUGGCGCUCUAGCCAUGACUCUCCUGGAGCUGCAGGAGGAGACAUCGCAGCACCACUGGCAGCCACUGGUGAUUCUGGGCAGCCCAGUCUUGCUUCUUUCCCCCCUGCAGCUGGCGUCCCUAGCCCAGACCUUCUCCCGCUGUUGCAGCAAACUCCUGAACGGAGACACCUCUACCCUGCAGCGGGGUCUCUCUCGCCUACUCCGCGCCACUGGUCAGAUCCCCAUGUCCCUCUUCAGCCAGAUGGGCUUUCUAAGAUCUCCAAGGGGGGUCUGA